CUAAGAUCUCCGAAAUUCCAAACCUCCAAAAGCUAUAGACGCAACUUUUGUCUUUGAGCAUGGCAUAAUCCUCAAACUUUCCUAUUGCAUUGAACUCUAGCUGCUGUAACCUAACACUCUAAAUCUCACUUUUUUUAUAUAUCUCGAUUUUCAAACAAUGUCUUACCACGAACAACAUCUACAGAGCUUGAAGGACAGGAGCCUGUUCUGCGGAGAUGCAUUCAUCGACGGACAAUGGGUCUCCAAAGAAAAGAAGUUCGAUGUCUACGAGCCCUCAUCAGUCGCCGUCUUGGGCCAGGUAUCGGACUGCAAUCUCGAGGAUUUUCAGAAAGCCGUCCAGAGUGCGAAUGAGGCACAGCGUAACUUCUAUGAAAGUACAACGGGAACAGCAAGGGGAGCACUGUUGAGGAAAUGGAACAACUUGAUCCUGGAGAACCAGGAUGAUCUUGCGACGAUCCUUUCGCUCGAAAAUGGCAAGACUUUGAGCGAGGCCAAGGGUGAAGUCAUCUACGCCGCUAGUUUCAUAUCAUGGUUUGCCGAAGAAGCCACUCGAUCCUACGGCACUACUAUUCCAUCAUCUACUUCUCAUGCAACUCUCAUGACCGUCCGCGAGCCAGUCGGCGUGUGCGGAAUCAUCACACCCUGGAACUUCCCUGCAGCCAUGAUCACUAGGAAAGUAGGUCCGGCUCUCGCUGCCGGCUGCUCCGUCGUCAUUAAGCCACCCAGCGAGACACCGUACACUUGCAUUGCCCUCACCAAGCUGGCCGUCAAAGCUGGUCUGCCUCCCGCAAUAAUCCAAGUGUGUCCUACCAAGGACAGGCAGGCUGCUACCGAGCUAGCCACGAACCCUCUAGUGAAGAAACUCAGCUUCACAGGCUCGACAAACGUGGGCAAGAUGUUAGCCAAGCUGGCGACUGGUACCUUGAAGAAAGUCAGCCUCGAGUUGGGCGGUAACGCUCCAUUCAUCGUUUUUGACGAUGCGAAUCUCGAUCUGGCUGUGGAGGGUGCCAUGUUCUGCAAGUUCCGUUGCACGGGGCAGACAUGUGUUUGCGCGAAUCGGAUUUAUGUACAGAAAGGUGUGGCCAAGGCUUUCACUGAGAAAUUAGUGGAGGCUGUAAAAGCGCUUAAGGUGGGACCGGGUUUGGAUUCAGCUACAACCCAAGGCCCAUUAGUAAACAAAAAUGCUGUUGAAAAGGUCAAGGAGCACGUAGAGGACGCAGUCUCCAAGGGCGCGAGUAUUGAGGUUGGCGGCCAGUCAUCCCUAUCCUCCGGGUUCUUCUACGAUCCCACUGUGCUCUCCGGAGUGACCCCAGAUAUGAUGGUCAGCCGAGAGGAAACGUUCGGCCCGCUCGCUCCAAUAUUUCAAUUUGAGACCGAGAAAGAGGUCUUGCAACUCGCUAAUGACAGCGAAUUUGGGCUGGCCGGAUAUUUCUUUUCUCAGGACAUCGCGCGAGCAAUGCGAGUAGCACAGAAGUUGGAAGUUGGAAUGGUAGGCGUGAAUACUGGAAAGAUUAGCGCGGCCGAGGCGCCCUUUGGGGGCAUUAAGGAGAGCGGCUACGGCAAGGAGGGCAGCCUUUAUGGUCUUGCAGAGUACCAAAAUAUCAAGAGCAUCACCAUUGGCAACCAGAAUGCUGGGCUCUGAAUGGAAC